ACUGUCCUAACAUAAUCUAACUUUAUGCUUUUGCCGUAAAGCCUCUUUGAAAAUCGAACAAUGUGGUUAGAUUAAGGAGAUGUUUAUCUUUUAAAUUGUGUAAAAUAGUUGAUUGUUUGAGAAAUUGAAAUUAUUAGAUUUUUGAUGUUUUGAAUUUCCAGCCUUGUUAGCAAUCCCGUCUCGGGGUUCAUUGCUAACCUGUAGCCCCAACAGUUAAAGGCUUUAGCCAGCAACUCAAGGAACUUCACAGUGCAGCUCCAAUGUCUCCUGCCGUUUGUGCCCCUGAUGGAGCUGAUAGAGGUUCUGGAUGGAGAGACAUUCCUGAGAGAUAUGAGCCUGUACAGAGACCUGCCCUGGUCCCCCCAACAGGCUCAACUCCUUUUCAAGAGGACCCAUCAAUCUGAAAUCAUUACCAGAGAAACUGUAGAGGACUUGGGUCAUAUUGCUGGUGGAAUGAGCUGUGAUUGGCUAAAGCUUUGGACCAAUGAAACUGAUUUUUCAGAGUUGCUUCAGUUUGUCAGUGAGUUGCCAGGAGGGGUGAGACCAGCUCUGAGGAAAUGCGUUGUAGAGGAGCUGCGGCAAAGACCAGAGGAAGACCUGGAUGGUAUAAGUCCCUGGUUUGCUGCAGAAUUACCGGUGAACCUGAUUGAGAGCCUGUCUAAUACUUCACUGACAGCCAUCCUGGCUCACAUUCAGCAGCACUUUGUGGACUUCCUCAAGCUGCCCCGUCAUAAGCAGAUGGCCUUAGCAGAAAAGGCCAUCACUGUGCUGGGCACCUCUCAGGGCCUGGCUGAGGGGGAGCCUCUUUGGACCUCCUGGGGCCCCUGUUGCCCUUCCUGGACAGGGACACCCUGGGGCUGGUGGACAGAGGGGCCCUGGGGCUGCGGCUGGAUGAGCUGAGGGGGUACUGCCUGCCCUGGGACACCCUGAAGGAAAUGGCUGCUCUGCUUACUGGGAGAGACCUGCUGGGAGAGGCAUCGGCCUGGACGGUUGGGGAUGUGGAGCUUGUUGGCAGACUGUUAUUUACUCUCUCUCCAAAACAGAUCAACUCCAUCCCACUGGUGGUGCUGAGUGCAGACACGGUGGAGGAGGUUCUGGCAGGUCAGUGGCGCUGGGAGAACAGUGAUGUGGGUCAGGCCUGUGUGUCCCAGUGUGUGGACCAGCAGGGCCAGAGAGAGAGGAUCCACAGCCUCAUACGAGGGGUCGUCAGAGCACAGAGCAGGAGGAGAAAAGUGCCAGUCCCAAGCUGUGG